ACGCCGUGAGUCUGCUGGGUCACCGCGUAGUUUAUCUCACGACUUCUUGCCCACGCAUCAUGCAGCAAGGCGCUCCUCAGGACGAAGAAGUGACGAUCUUCCGCUCUGGAGCGACGUUGCAAGUGGCGAAUCGACCUUCCAUGUCCGCUGACAGCGUCCGCAACACCAUCGGCGACCUCGGGAUGCACCACACCCUCACUGGUGUAGACGGAGUUCGCGAGGACAGCUUGUCCCGGCCGGACCGUUCUGGAAGUCUCACACACAUCGACUCGUUUCGCCGAGCGUCGUUGCCUCGAGAAGCACAGCGUGGGUCAGUCCUCAUGGCUCGACCGAGUAACGUGUUCAACCCGAUGCCGUCGUCGCCGUCGAAGUUCGGCGGCCGUCAAAGCACCUACGCCCACCACAAGCGGUACAGUAUGCAAGAGGUCGGGUCGGCAUCGACCGACGACGUCGACUCGAUGUACCCCUCGAAGGAAAAAAUGAAGCUCAUCAACGUUGCGUCCCUCGAGCGGCCGGAGACCACCCGCGACUACAAAGGCCAGCUUCGACGUUGGCCAGGGGUCCUGCUCAUGUGCGUGCUUAUUUCAACGGCUGUCGUUGCCAUCGCGCUCGGGGCGAAGCAAUCCCACCAAGAGUCGAUGCAGCGCCGCCACGAUACGAUGGUGCGGGAGCAACGGCGCCGUGCGAUCCAAGACGGGCUCAUCGAUGACAGCGAGUUGGUGGACGCGGACGGAAGGGUCGGUAACCCCAUGACGUACGACUCUACUGGCCGCAAGUGCCAACUGCCCGACUACCAGAGCAAGAACGGGCGGGUGUACGCUGUUGCAGCGAACGGGACCGAAGUCGUCGUCGGCAUCAAGGGCACCAACUGGUUCGGCAUGGAAACCGCCCACGCGAUCCCGUUUGGAUUGUGGGAAAACGAUCAGAACGGCACGACGGUGUACGAGGUUGCGGCGUUUCUGCACCGCAACAAGUUUAACAGCAUUCGACUGCCGUUGGCGGCCGAGUCCAUUCUCAAGAACACGGCGCCGAACAAGCGCCUGAUCAACCUCGACGCGAACCGCGCCGUCAACGUCAAGGGGUACAUGGAGCUACUCAAGUCGAUUCUAAAGGCGCUGGCGUUUCGGGAUAUCACUGUGAUGCUGUCGAUGCACACGCUGACGACCAAAGGCGCGUCAGGGUCGUGGUUCAACAAAGAGUUUGCCGAGGAAGACUUUCUCAAGGCGAUCGACGUCCUCGCCAACGAACUGUGCACAGACGAGUACUGGAACGUGAUUGGGAUCGAUUUGAAAAACGAACCAAACGACUGCGGGUGGGGACCGCUCGACAAAGCGAGUGCCAAGUGUGACUGGGUCGCCGGCGCCAAGUUGAUCGGGGAUCGCAUGCAUGCCGGUUGCAAGAACUGGCUUGCGUUCGUCGAAGGCAGCGCGUCAACGUCGCACACCGUCGGCAAGCUCACGUACGUUGCAUAGCUCUGCGAGCCCCACAUGUGACGAGAUGGUGGCUGCCUAGGUACUUUGACUGGUGGGGCGGGCGCCUGCAAGAUGCCGACACCGUCCCUGUGACGCUCAAAGCCGAGAACAAGCUCGUGUGGGCCCCACACUACUACUCGACCGCCGUCGCGCCGCAGCCAUACUUUUACGAUGCGGUCGUCGGAAGCGCCAGUGGCAACGGGUAUUCGUCGUACAAGGAACUGUCCGACGAAGCGCUGAAGUCCAACAUCCACAUCACGAUGGAGCACAUGUUUGGGUACCUUCGCGAACAGCGCAAACAUGCGAUCGUUAUCGGCGAAUUUGGCGGGCUCUACACCAAGGACGAGCACGAACAGUUUACCAUUCGCCGCACGGUCGACUUUACGAUCCAAGAAAUGCAACUGGACGGGUACUCGGGAGGGUACAUGUGGUCGCUCAAUCCCGAGUCGGGCUACGACUUUCCGCACGCCGGCAAAAAAGCGUUCACGUCCGAGGGUCUCCUCCUCGACGACUGGCUCACUCCCAACAAACUCUUCAUGGAAGCCAUGGGCAAAUUGAACACCCUCCCCAACCUCAAGCCAUUCCCGUGCUUUUCGCCUGUCAAGAAGCCGUAAUAUUUAACCCACGAGAAGAUGUCAUGGCAUAUACGAUCGACGACCUGUGUCGCCGACACGAAGGAACGCAUGGGUACGGCCGCAACUUCGUGCAGCACACAACCCAUGUUACGUACAGUCCUCCUGUCGUUGUGUAUGGGCGGGACACGUGAGAUCGUGAGCAACAUAGUGAGCUCUCGCG